CAGGUUUUCUUGGGGGCACUGCAGCUCUUGCUUCCGCACCUUCAAGCAGCUCAUCAAUGGCGCCUAUUCCCACCUCAAAACCCAACAUCAAUCCCUGUUCUUCUUCUUCACAAUUGACCCAUGUUACCCAUCCCAUUAUGACCGAUGAUGAUUUCCAAGAGUCCCCUUCUUUCUCUUUGUCCACCGUUUCCAGAACAAGCUCACAUCCACCGCGGCUUAAACUGCAUAAUUCAAACACUCUUUGCCCACCCAAAAACCUGAAAAAUAAAAAAUCCAAUAAUCCAGGAAAAGAAAAUUGCUUUUUCGACGAAACAGAGUCAGAUUUGGGUUGUGGGUUGGAUUCAAUCGAACCAACCCUCGAUUUGUUGAAUCCCAAAGGGAUUGGCGAUUAUUUACGUAAUAGUUAUUCGAUAGAGUCAAGGUUGUUGAAGCACAGGGGAGAAGAGGAGGCAAAUGCUUGUGAUGAAGAGCUAUUUGAGGAGGGAAGCACGCAAUUCGAUGUGUUGCUCAAGCUGUGUGCUGAGGUGGAUGAACCGGGAAAUGCUAGUUAUAGGGAUGAUUCAGAAGGAAAAUGUGACGUUUCGAUUUGCUGUCCUCUUUGUGGAGCUGAUAUUUCAGGGCUAAGGGAUGAUCUAAGGCAGAUUCACACAAAUGAGUGUCUUGAUAAAUUGGAGGGUUCGACUGAUGUGGCUGUGAGGGAUGAUGAGCUAGGAACAUAUCAAUGCCCGGGGCAAGUUCUUGAUGGUUCUCCGCAUAAAUCUGUGAAGGAGGCUGUCGAUGCAUCUCCAGUUGUAGAAUGGCUACGGAACUUGGGCCUUGCAAAAUAUGAAGAAAUUUUCAUACGGCAAGAGAUUGACUGGAAGGCAUUGCAGUGGCUGACAGAAGAGGACCUAUGUAGCAUUGGGAUUACAGCGCUUGGUCCAAGAAAAAAAAUUCUUCACGCUCUAAGGGAGCUUAGAAACAAUUCAACCAGGGCACUUGAACCAAACACAGAUGUCUCAAAAGGCAUAGCUGAUGAAAGUAAACUGGGAACAAACAAGUUGAUAACUGAUUACUUUUCAGGUCCUCUUUCUGAAAGAAAAAGAGGUGGUGAUACUACUAAUGUACAAAAUAAUGUUAGGAGAAGUCAGGCAAUUUCUACUCAUAGAAGCAUUCAAAGAGAUGAUCGUGUCAGGAAGGGGAAACAGAAAGAUGUCCCUUUAUGGUGUUGCAUACCAGGAACACCAUUCCGAGUGGAUGCCUUUAAAUAUUUAAGAAGAGAUUGUUCUCAUUGGUUUCUUACUCACUUCCAUUUAGAUCAUUAUCAAGGACUUACCAGGUCCUUCUGUCAUGGGAUUAUAUAUUGUUCCUCAAUUACAGCAAAGCUAAUCAAUCUGAAGAUUGGAAUCUCAUGGGACAAAAUUCAAGUUCUGCCACUCAACCAAAAGAUCAAUGUUGCAGGAAUUGAUGUCACGUGCUUUGACGCAAAUCACUGCCCUGGUGCAAUCAUUAUCUUGUUUGAACCACCCAACGGUAAGUCUGUCUUACAUACUGGAGAUUUCCGGUUUUGUGAGGAAAUGAGGGACCUGUCAAUCCUGCAAGCUUGUCCGAUCCACACCCUCAUCCUUGACACAACCUACUGUAAUCCGCAGUAUGACUUCCCGAAACAGGAUGCUGUAAUCCAAUUUGUUAUUGAUGCCAUCCAAGCAGAAGCUUUUAACCCCAAGACAUUGUUUCUGAUUGGCAGCUAUACCAUUGGAAAAGAAAAGCUGUUUGUAGAGGUUGCUAGAGCUCUCCGCAAGAAAGUCUAUGUCACUGCAGCAAAAUUGCGGCUCCUCGAAUGUCUGGAUUUGCAACAUGAAGAAAUGCAAUGGUUUACGCUAAAUGAACAGGAGAGCCAUAUUCAUGUUGUUCCCAUGUGGACUAUUGCUAGUUUCAAACGAUUGAAGCAGAUGUCUAACCAGUACAUGGGCCGGUUUAGUCUAAUAGUUGCUGUAUCACCUACUGGUUGGUCAUUUGGAAAAGGAAAGAAGUCUACAGGAAGAAGAUGGCAGCAGGGGACCAUUAUAAGGUAUGAGGUUCCAUACAGCGAGCAUAGCAGCUUCACGGAGCUGAAGGAGUUUGUUAAGUUUAUCUCUCCAGUGGAUAUCAUCCCAAGCGUCAACAAUGAUGGGCCAGAUGCUCAUAACUCAAUGGUCUCCCAGCUCUUGGCUUAGGCAGCCAUCGAUGUACAAGAAAAACUGCUGAGUUUUUAUCCCUCAACUCAGUCGUCAAUGUAAGCAAACUCUGCAAUAUUGGUUGUUUGAGUGCAAAUUACAAGUUGGUGAUCAUAACAACAGACCGGCGGCAAUAAAUUUGUCCAAAGGUAAAAGUUAAAUUGCAGAAUAAAAUCCUUGGCCAGUGCCCCAGAACAGAUCUUAUUACAAAAUCUCUUUUUUUGGUAUCCUUGCCUGUGUUGUAUUGUUUACACUAGAUUAUUUCUUAUUUGAAGCAUUAUGACUUGAAGAGAACAUCUGUGAACAGUGUAUAUUAUGCAGAUGAAUUUGUGCCAAAAAUGUCAAUAUGUAG